CCUCCUCCCCCUCCUGAUCAGCCCCCUCCUCCCCCUCCCUCACCCCAGCCCCCACCAGCACCCCUAGUUCCCCCUGCCCACCCCCACUCCCCGCUUACACCCCCAAUCCCCCUGCAGCACUCCCAGUCCCCCCUCAACACCCCACUCCUCCCUUCCAACACCCCAAUCCCCCUUCCACCACCACCACCACCACCACCACCACCACCACCACCACCACCACCACCA